AGAUGGUGGCCAUGGACGCUGGCCACCUCAAGGGUUCGUGGAAGGGAGUCAUGUACGUCCACUGCAUGCACGACAGCAAUAACAAGAUCAUCCACGUCAGCACUACCUGCCGGAACGAGCACAUGCAUCGACUUCUUUCGUCCGGCGAGGUGACGUUCUUCAUCGACGGUCACAAAGGAUCACCGGCGGCCCUCAGGGCGGUUCUACCGCAAGCGCUAUGGCGUGCGUGCGUGAGGCACCUCAUCACCAACAAAAACAUGAAGGCAAUGGGACACGCCUAUUCAGUGGCGGUUUACCGAGCGGCGGUGAUGCCUACCAAGGCCCUGUUCGAGGAGGCAAUUGAGCCAGUCAAGAAGGACUUCCUGGCCAACUACAACCUCCUCAUGAAAAACGACCUUGAGAAAUGGGCACACCAUGCCACCCCCAGCAACCUGGUCAACCUAAAGAUGUCCACCUCCAACUCUGCGGAGUCCACCAUUUCCGCGGUCGGCCACCAGAGGAGNCAACCUGGUCAACCUAAAGAUGUCCACCUCCAACUCUGCGGAGUCCACCAUUUCCGCGGUCGGCCACCAGAAACGGGAAAUGCUUAUCAUUUCCACAUCGAGAUUGAGGAGAAAACUGCGGAGCAACUCGCAACGAAUGCCGAACUGCUGAAGGACUUCCAUGCCAUCCUCGUUCCAUUCGCGGCCAAGUUCAUGGAGGACGAGAGGUUGCUCAGUCUUAAGUAAGUACCGGGGCAACCACACCUGGUGCGUUCCUUGUUCUUUCCUCCGUUAAUUCCACGGCUGCGUGGUCGGUUGGGUGUAGUACGACCCCGUCGGUUGGGUGAUCCACCCGUGCUGUCUCUCUCUUUUUGAGUCCAUGAUUUAUUCGUCCGUUUCGGCUGUCGUUUUGUGUGUAGUGCACUCUUAACAACCAGAGAAUGACACCUGUCUUUCGUCGACGGCACAAACUCAGUUUUCGUCUG